UCAGGACCAGCCCCCAGCGUGAAGACGGGGGCGGGGAGCCCCAGACCAUGGCUCCCUCUGCACUGACCACAGGGAAGCCCUUUUGCAAUAAAGGAAAAGAAGAAGCCAGGUUGAUAAAGGAAGUGCCCGUCACUGUCGGGGUGGGCGGGUUUGGGGAAGGCCCCCACCCUCCUCCGUCCUCUGGAGGAGCCUGGUCCUCACUCCUGGUGCUGAGUCUCCCCCAGGGCCCCCAAAGGCCUCCCGCCUGGCCUUGAGGGCUCUGCCUGUCCUCUCACCCGGGAGGGGGGCAAGGCCAUGGGGCUGCCCCUGCUGCUCCUGGUGUCUCUGCAGGCUGGUCACUGGGCACAGACAAAUCCAGAACCUCUCUUUGGGAUGAAGCAACCAACGCAUCUCUCAGCCCCCAAGGGCGGCUCCAUUCACAUCCCCUUCUCCUUCCUUCACUCCUGGGCAUUAGCCAAGGAUCCCAACGUGAGAAUAUCCUGGAGAUGGAAACACUUCCAUGGGGAGUUCAUCUACAACAUGACCCCUCAAUUAAUCCAUGAGAAUUUCAAGAACCGGCUCUUCCUGAACUGGACAGAGCGUGAGAAGACCGGCUCCCUCCGGAUCUCAAACCUGAGGAGGGAGGACCAGUCUGUGUACUUCUGCCGGGUGGAGCUGGUCACACUGACACACGGCAAGCAGCAGUGGCAGUCCAUCGAGGGGACCAAACUCACAGUCACCCCUGCCAGCAAGACAACCAUCCUGGACCUUACCACCACCGCGGCCACUGCCACAGCUAAGCUCUGGGUCCCAGAGGAGAUAAGGAGUUCAGAGGCUUGGCUCCCGAGUAAUGAAGCUGUGAUCAAGGUGGCACUGGCCAGCGCUGUUCUCAAGAUCUUGAUUUUGGCGCUGAUUAUGUACCUCUUGUGGAAGAGAACCAAAGGUGCGCAGACUGAAGCCAGGACCCCAGCCAGGGAGUCCUCCCAAAACGCAGAAGAGAAUUACCAGAACACCGAGAAUAAAGGAUGACGCUGGAGCCCCCAGUGCCUCCCUCACUGUCUCCAGCUUGACCUCACCAGCUCAGCAGCACCUCCCCUCCCCACUUCCCAUGGUGGCCCCCAGGAAGAGACCCUAUACUCUGUCUUAAAGGCCUAAGCAGUGGGACGGAGUGGGGACCUCCUUCGAGUCAGCGGUGCACAGGGAUCUCAGCUCCUCAUAAUCUCCCCGGCCAGACGCAGACAGCUCAGAGGCCGGCAGGUGCGGGGCCACCAAGGACCUGAGAGUCACAGCCCCCCACCCCGAUUCCCUCUUCACCCUGCCAGCCUUUCACCACAAAAAUAAAAGGACCUGUGCAAUCUGCCUGAAUGCAUCUGCGGAGAAAGCUGACGUUACCUUCAACUUCUGUCCUUCCGGAAGUUGAUAAAAUGAACCAUGAUAGAUAGCUCACACCCAGAUCCCUUCCCUGGUACUUCUGUUCAGUGACUGCCUCAGGCCAGAGACAAAUAAAUCCCCAAACACUGGUAAUCAGUCUGGAACCCAAGGUCCGUCCCCCUAAUCUAACCCUUCUACUUUCCUUAGGAUAAUAACUAGCAUGUGUCGUGUUUGUGCUUUACGUGCGUGGCCUCAUUUCAGCAUCAUCAGCCACUCUCUAUGGCACUGGAUGUACCAUCUGAGAGAGGAUAAGAACCAGAAUGGUCACAGUGAUUUUCCCAAGGCCAUGUUGCUAGUAAGUGGCUGAGGCAGGAUGUGAACUCAGACCUGCCCUCUCGAUCUCUUUCUCCCAGGACACAGGCGGCGUCGCCUUCCCAGAUCUCUAUACUGACAGGUCUCCCACUAGAAGGCACCAUGUGCCCCAGCGACAUGGAGAAGGAGAGAAAAAAGCCAAAAUUUAGAGAUGAACCAAACCACAUUAACUAGUAACCUGGUUUAUUAAUAUAUAAGCUGCACAACUCUAACUUUAGCCAAGUAACCUCACAGCCAAUGAACAGUCCCAUCAAUAGACUAUUUAAUCCAACAAAUUGGAAUACACAUUUUUUCCCAUGGUCACAUAGAACAUUCACCAAGAUAGACCACAUUUUGGGUCACAAAAUACAUCCAAACAAAUUUAAA